AUGGCACUCGCUCCGAAGUUUGCUGGACAAAGAUUUGCCGCCAGCAGCGCUGCUCCAACAUUGCAUACGCUUGAGCUUUACCUCGAUUAUGUCUGCCCUUUCUCUGCCAAGAUGUUCAACACGGUCUAUACCUCCGUCUUUCCGUUGAUCGAAAAGAAGUAUGCUUCAAAAGUUCAGAUUCUUUUUAGACAACAGAUCCAACCGUGGCACCCAUCAUCCACGUUAGUUCAUGAAGCUGGAGUUGCUGUUCUCAAAUUGCAGCCAAGCAAGUUUUGGGAUUUUAGCAAAGCCUUGUUCGAUGAAGCAAAAUCAUUCUACGAUGUAAACGUUGUCAAUGAAACUCGCAACAAGAGUUACGAACGUCUAGCCAAGAUUGGAGCCAAAGUUGGCUUGAAUGAGAAGGAGAUGUACGAUCUAUUGUACAUCUCGGACAAGCCAGACAAAGAUGGUAGCUUGAAUACUGGGAAUCAAGUCACCAAUGACUUGAAAGUGCUGGUUAAGAUGAACCGAAUGCAAGGCGUCCACGUCACGCCCACAGUGGUCUUUAAUGGGGUCGUUGAGAACAACAUCAGCUCAAGCUUCAGUGGCGAACAAUGGGAGGAGUGGCUGGAGAAGAACGUUGUGUGA